AUGAAUAACUUUUCCUCCAACUAUUCUACUCGGUUACGUAGCCGCACUAAACAGCCGGUCUAUACUUCUGAUAAACGAGCGAAAUUUACGCAACGAGAAAGUAAGAAGUGA